AACUGACGUAUUUCCCUUCUCGCAUGCCUUUUGGAUUGAAUGUGACUUGAAGCGAUCAUUUGAGGCACAUAUAAUCCUUGAUUUCAUCUUAAACAUGCUUAAAAUCGAGGGACUAGGGCCGAAGAUGGACCCGGAGGAGAUGAAGAAAAAAAUGCGCGAGGAUGUCAUCACGUCUGUUCGCAACUUUUUGAUCUAUGUUGCGCUUCUGCGAGUCGCACCUUAUGUUUUGAAGAAGCUUGACAGCAUAUGAAACUUCACCGGAGAGAGAAUCUUUCCCUAAGAGAUGAGCAUGCAGGACCUGGACGAUGCUGCACUGAGUCACUUACCACAGCAGUUAAUGAAGAGAUGGUGUAAUUUUGUCAUUUCUGUUAUUUUAUAUUUUUUACUGGAUGCAAUUGAAUGUACUUGAUUUGUUGUCAUCUAAUCUCAAUUGAAAACUAUGGCAAAAAG